CCCCACAGCCGCCCGAGGGUAGCGGCGGGACCUGCGGUGGGCACCGGAGACCGUCUCGUUGUAGGGGCUUCUUUCCCCGAGUGUGCCUCGCUCGCAGCGCACGGUCCCUGCCAUGCGGGAAAGGCCACAGGCCGUGCCCGCUGUGAAGGGCGGGCGCCGGUGCCUCACGCCCAGAGCGCCGUGCCCACACACCCCAGCGCAAAGUACAGCGCUCCAGCACGGCGCGGUGCUUUCCUCUUUGGCAGAGGUUGGAUUGGAUGAUGCUCAGAGGUCCCUUCCAGGCCUGACGACCCUGUGAUCCUGCGGUGUGUGCGGCCGUGUUCCCGCAUGCCUGCGGCCCAAGAAAAAAAUGGGGGGAAAGCUGCUGGGACUGUCUGUGGACAAGAUGGCUGCCAGCCCUGCCAACAAGAUGGCUGCCCCAAGGCCAGGGCUCCAGGGGAACAAGGGAGCUGUGGGAUCAGGCCUCUCCCGCCUCACAGCAGAUGGAGCUUACGUGAAACAAACAGGCGGAGAAGCUGUGGAACCACUGCACAAAGCGAGACUGGGGCACUGGAGGAGCACAUGAGGAGAAAGCCACAAGGGCUACCUGCAAUUCCCAGGAUGAUGAGUUUGCUCCUGAAUGGAUCCUCAGAAACUGAAUCCAUCAGCUGCCAGCCCACUUCUGCAGUGUAAGACUGGAAACAUCUGGGCUGAAUGGACUUUAGCAUCAAAAGAAGUUCUCAACUGUUAACUCAAAAAAUUAACUACAUCAAAAUGAAGCAGGUACCAGAGAUCCUUGGAAAUAGCAAUGGGAAACCUCAGAAUUGUGAAGUGAAUCGUGAAUGUUCUGUCUACUUGGGCAAAGCACAACUUUCUGCCACUCUACAGGAAGGUGUCAUGCAAAAAUAUAAUGGCCAUGAGACUCUUCCAUUUAUUCCAGCAGAUAAAUUGAAAGAUCUGACCUCUCGGGUGUUUAAUGGCGAGUCCGGGGCCCAAGAUGCCAAGCUGCGCUUUGAACCUCAGGAAAUAAAGGGAGUUGGAACACCCCCCAGCACUACUCCUAUCAAGAAUGGCUCUCCAGAAAUAAAGCUGAAAAUCACUAAAACCUACAUGAAUGGGAAGCCUCUUUUUGAAUCCUCCAUUUGUGGAGACAAUGGUGCAGAUGUGUCUCAGUCGGAGGAAAAUGAACAAAAGCCAGCAAACAAAGAGAGGAGAAGCAGAAAAAGAAGCAUAAAAUAUGACUCCUUACUUGAGCAGGGUCUUGUUGAAACAGCAUUAGUAUCAAAGACUUCAAGCACCACUGAAAAGAAGGCUCCUGCUAAGAGAGAUGCAACUCAAAGUACCAUCAAAGAGGAAAAAAUCCAUCUGUUGAAGUAUAAUAUAGGAGAUCUAGUGUGGUCAAAAGUGUCUGGUUUCCCCUGGUGGCCAUGUAUGGUUUCUGCUGAUCCUGUUCUCCAUGCCUACACUAAACUAAAAGGACAGAAAAAGAGUUUUCGUCAAUAUCAUGUUCAGUUUUUUGGAGAUGCCCCAGAGAGAGCCUGGAUAUUUGAGAAGAGCCUGGUGCCCUUCAAAGAAAAAGAUCAGUUUGAACAAUUAUGCCAAGAGAGUGCAAGACAAGCCCUCACUAAAGCAGAGAAAAUAAAGAUGCUAAAGCCCGUGUCAGGGAAGCUGCGGCCGCAGUGGGAGAUGGGCGUGAAGCAAGCCAGUGAAGCCGUGGCCAUGACAGUGGAGGAGCGCAAGGCCAAGUACACCUUCAUCUAUAUCAGGGACAGACCUCAUCUUAAUCCUCGAGUGGCAAAGGAGGUUGGCAUUGCUGUGGAACCCUUGGAGGAGAUGGAUGAGUCAUCCUACUUAAAUGAAGAAACCACUCCAAAUCUGAAAUCGAUGAAGGAGUCUGGCAUUCCCAGCAAGAGGAGGAGAAGGACAUCAAAACUGUCUGCCACUGAUGAUACUCAAGAGAGCAGUCAGUUGGAGGAUAAGAAUACUACUCCUCAAAAGUCAUCUGAACAGGCAGAAUCCAAAAGAGGGAUAGGCUCCCCUCUCAAUAGAAAGAAAACUCCAGCAUCUACUCCACGAAGCAGAAAGGGCGAUGCAGUAUCUCAGUUUCUGGUCUUUUGUCAGAAGUACAGAGAUGAGGUGGUUGCUGAACAUCCAGAUGCUUCAAGUGAGGAGAUUGAAGAACUGCUCGAAUCGCAGUGGAACAUGCUUAGUGAAAAACAGAAAGCUCGCUAUAACACAAAGUUUGCCAUAGUGACCUCUCCCAAAUCUGAAGAAGACUCUGGUUCAUCAUUGAAGAAUAUUGGAGAGGCCAAACGUAAAGUGUUUCAAGACUCACCUAAAAGGAGAUCAAGAUCCAGAAGUAAUUUACAUGGAAAUAAAAGAAACCAAAAAAAGAGGACAAAGGAGCCUACAGAAGAUUUUGAAGUUCAGGAAGCACCUAGGAAAAGACUCAGGAUGGAUAAACAGAAUAAUCGGAAGAAUCACAGAAUCCUUAGGAUUGGAAGGGGCCUCUGGAAAUCAUCCAGUCCAAUCCCCCUGCCAAGACAGGGUCAUCUAGAGCAGGUUACACAGGAAUGUGUCCAGAGGGAGACAAGCAAUGACAAAACAGCAAAAACAAACUCUUCUAAGGUCACAGAAACCUCCUCUUCACAAAAGAACCAGUCAGCAACGAAAAAUCUGUCUGAUGCAUGUAAACCUCUGAAGAAGCGAAAUCGGGCUUCAGCAGCAGAAUCUUCAACUCUUGCUUUUAGCAAGAGUUCAUCUCCUUCAGCUUCCUUAACUGAGAAUGAGAUCUCUGAUGGCCAAGGAGAUGAGCGCUCAGAGUCCCCCUAUGAAAGUGCUGAUGAGACUCAGACUGAAGUGUCUAUAUCAUCCAAAAAAUCUGAGCGAGGAGCGGGAACAAAAAAAGAAUAUGUGUGUCAGCUGUGUGAAAAAACAGGUGAUCUCCUGCUGUGUGAAGGACUUUGCUAUCGAGCUUUUCAUGUAAGCUGCCUUGGGCUCUCUGGAAGACCAGCAGGAAAAUUCAUUUGUAGUGAAUGUACAUCAGGUGUGCACACCUGUUUCGUGUGUAAGGAGAGAAAGGCAGAUGUGAAACGCUGUGUGGUGUCUCACUGUGGAAAAUUCUACCACGAAGCUUGUGUGAAAAAAUUUCAUCUCACUGUGUUUGAGAACAGGGGUUUUCGAUGUCCUCUCCACAGCUGCCUCAGUUGUCAUGUUAGUAACCCCUCACAUCCACGAAUUUCAAAAGGGAAGAUGAUGCGCUGCGUGCGCUGCCCCGUUGCGUACCACGCCGGGGACGUUUGCAUUGCCGCGGGAUGCGCCGUCAUCGCCUCCAACAGCAUCGUCUGCACCAACCACUUCACUGCCAUGAAGGGGAAGAGCCACCACGCCCAUGUCAAUGUCAGCUGGUGCUUUGUGUGCUCCAAAGGUGGGAGUUUGCUGUGCUGCGAGUCCUGCCCAGCAGCCUUUCACCCUGACUGCUUAAACAUCGAAAUGCCAGAUGGGAGCUGGUACUGCAAUGACUGCAGGGCGGGCAAGAAGCUCCAUUUCCAGGAUAUUAUUUGGGUUAAACUGGGAAAUUACAGAUGGUGGCCUGCAGAAGUUUGCCAUCCGAAAAACGUUCCCCCAAAUAUCCAGAAAAUGAAGCAUGAAAUCGGAGAAUUUCCUGUGUUUUUCUUUGGUUCUAAGGAUUACUAUUGGACGCACCAAGCACGGGUGUUCCCUUACAUGGAGGGAGACAGAGGGAGUAGAUACCAAGGGAUCAAAGGAAUUGGAAAAGUCUUCAAAAAUGCUUUGCAAGAAGCUGAAACUCGAUUUCGAGAAAUAAAGCUGCAGCGAGAAGCCAAAGAAACCCAGGAGAGUGAACGUAAACCUCCACCAUACAAACAUAUUAAGGUGAAUAAACCUUGUGGUAAAGUGCAGAUAUACACUGCUGACAUAUCUGAGAUUCCCAAGUGCAACUGCAAACCCACGGAUGAAAACCCCUGUGGCUUUGAUUCCGAGUGCCUCAAUCGGAUGCUGAUGUACGAGUGCCACCCACAGGUUUGUCCGGCGGGAGAGCGGUGCCAGAACCAGUGCUUCACGAAGCGCCAGUACCCCGAGACAAAGAUCAUCAAAACUGAUGGCAAAGGCUGGGGUCUGGUUGCCAAGAGGGACAUUAAAAAGGGGGAGUUUGUGAAUGAAUAUGUGGGAGAGCUGAUUGAUGAAGAGGAAUGUAUGGCAAGAAUCAAAUAUGCACAUGAAAAUGACAUCACCCACUUCUAUAUGCUUACUAUUGAUAAGGACCGUAUUAUUGAUGCUGGCCCCAAAGGAAACUAUUCUCGGUUUAUGAAUCACAGCUGCCAACCAAAUUGUGAAACUCUAAAGUGGACAGUGAAUGGGGACACUCGUGUCGGGCUCUUUGCUGUGUGUGACAUUCCUGCAGGGACAGAGCUGACUUUUAAUUACAACCUUGACUGUCUGGGCAAUGAAAAAACAGUCUGCAAAUGUGGUGCCCCAAACUGCAGUGGAUUUCUUGGGGACAGACCAAAGAAUUCUUCCACUAAUGCCUCAGAAGAAAAAGGCAAAAAGACCAAAAAGAGAACACGGAGACGCAGAACGAAGAAUGAAGGGAAGAAAGAAUCUGAAGAUGAUUGUUUCCGUUGUGGUGAUGGAGGCCAGCUGGUAUUGUGUGACAGGAAAUCUUGUACUAAAGCUUAUCAUCUCUCCUGCCUUGGUUUGGUGAAACGUCCUUUUGGGAAAUGGGAGUGUCCUUGGCACCACUGUGAUGUUUGUGGCAAACCUUCUGUUUCUUUCUGCCACUUCUGCCCAAACUCUUUCUGCAAGGAGCACCAAGACAGGACAGUACUAAAUUCCAUGUUGAAUGGACAGUUAUGCUGCUCUGAACAUGUUCUCGGGGUGGAUUCUGUUGAAACUCAGAAGACUGAAAAACCCCGCAAAAAACUGAACAAGUUCAAGCCCAGGAGAAGGAGGAACAGAUGGAUGAGAGCUGAAUGCAAAUAGUCAUGGACUGCAGUUUCUACUGCUAACACUAUCUUGUAGAUAAGUUGUGAAUAUGACCAGGGAAGGACACAAUUUUACGUAUAUUCUGUAAAGGUUACAAUGGGGGGGGAUUUUUUUGUUUUGUUUUUAUAAAUCCACUGAGCCAACCACAGCAGUCUUCUGCUGCUUCUGCACUGAUAACGAACUGCAUAGUUCAUCAAACUUCAGGACAAACCAAACUUGUUACUCAGCAUUACAGUUACACUUGAAUUGUUACGAAUGUAAAAUGUUCCCUCCAAAGUACUUGCAGGUUGGAGGUAGGUUAAAUCAAACCAAGUAGGCGUAAACAUAGUUUUUCUGAGAUAGUAUUUGUCAACCAACAGAUGUUUAAAAUAGUAUAUCCUUGAAAGAAGUUGUUAGUUCUCAAGUCCUUUUGAGUAAGAAAUGGCUUGGUCUGUGGUCCCAAUGAGAUUUGCUUGCCUUGUGUGUUUUUGAGCAAGUGCUUGAAUGCCAGCCAUGACCCAGGUGUGUCUCUUGCUGCAACCACACACAGCAAUUGGUUUGUGCUCUUCAAAAAUGAUUCUUAAGCAAUCAUGAUCAUAAAUAUCCUUCCACCAAGAAAUGUGGUGCGUGGUGGGAAAGGCACACCCUGUACCAGAGAGGAGGAAUCUUCCUUAGAGAUUUUUUUCUAUACUGUUUUUUCCUAUAUUUCAUCCCAGCAAAACAGAAUUUACUUCAUCUUGCAGAGCUGUACAGGUCUGGACUUAAAGGGAUAUUGUCUUGCAAUUUAGGCCCAAUACUCUGGGAUUUUUGUGUUUUAAUAAAAGUAAAUCUUACAAAAGCUAUUAUUUAGAAAAAAUUACGUGAUUUUUUUUUUCCUCAGUGGCAGGUAAAAUGCAGAAGCAAACUUUUCUUUGGAAUGCUUGGAGUCCAAGUAUUUCAACUUUGUGAUAAUGCCAGAAAUACCCAACAAGGAACAAAACCAUACCCAUGAAUGAAACAGAAAGUACAAAAACUAAAUUAAAAACAAUUAAGUAAAAGUGAAAUAGAUUUUUGAAGAAGCAUGUAAGACUUUUGAUGUGAAAUUUAGCCUUACUGUGUUCCUUUGGAUAAAGUUUGUAUAAAACUGGCUUAUUGACAUACUGAAAUUUUCUGUUAGUUUUUUAGGAGCUCUGCUCUUGACUGUCCUGUCACCACUGUGUUGUGUCAGCAAAGCUGUUUUGAAUUCCUCGCUCCCAUUAGCAUUAGGUCCUCACUAACUCACAGUGAGAUGAAUAUACAACACUUAGUAUCAAUGGAAAUAAUGGUAGAACUAGGAAAAAACUGUAAAGAAAACCAUCUUUGGCAGUUUUCUCCCUGGCAGGACCAGGCAGCAUUCCAAGCACGUUUUGAGUUAUGCCAUUGUGACCCACCCUCCGUAAGCACCACGUGCACCUCCAUGUCCACUGAGCCAUUUGUGUAUGUUCUAGCUUAGUUAAUAGUGCAGGAACUCUGUGUAGCCCUUUUGAAAAUGAAGCCUUGCUAUAUCAUGGAAGUGUAUGUUUUUUGGUUUUUUUCCAAGGCAUUUCUUCAGAUUUGAUAUAGUUCUUGGAAUUACCAAAACCCCCAUUUAUUCCCAAUAUGUAAAAACUUUGGCUUUAUUAGAAGAUAUUAAUUGAAAGAGGUUAUAAAUGUUGCAUUGCCCUCUGCUGAACACUUUUGGUUUCUGUUUUGUGACCAAAAUGCUUUUUUGAAUCAGUUUUUAUAAACACUGUUGGAAGGUUCAUUUUUAUUUUUUUUUUGUGAAUAUUUUUUAAGAAAUAGCACAGUUCUAAAUCAGGGGAAGCGUUACAUGUUUGCGUUUUUUUUAAAUGGUAUGCCAAGCCUUGCACUUAAGUUAAAAGUCAAUAUUCUUUAAUUGAUUUUGAGGGAAACUUUUUCUCUGCCAUGGGGCUGAAGAACAGUCUCGUGCAUAAAAUCAAAACCAAGAAAUGAUAUUAUGGAUGUUUCUUUAAUAUUGGGUUUCAAGGGAAGGAAAAUGAGGUCAGGUAGUAAAGCAGAAAUAUUUUCCUCAUUGCUUUAAAACAAAAUGAAGGAAUUUGAUGUCAUUGGGACCAUUCUUUGAAUACUAUACAAUGUAAGGAAGGCUUUGUAAGAAUACCUUUAAAUAAGUUAUUAUAAAAUUUUUCCUUUACAUUCCAUUGCUUUCAUAAUUUGUUAAUUUUUUUUUUUAGUUUUGUUGCUUUUUCCUCUUCAUGUGUAGGUGUAACAGCUCUAUCACUCUGGAGCAGUGAUGCCCCAGGUCCUAGGAGGCAGAUCCUCACUCCCAGAAGCCACAGCCUGUUCCUGACAGGGACUGCUGCAGUCACAGCCACCCUUGUGUCUGUCUGUGGGAACAGAGAGACUGUUCACACAAACAGCUCUGAGCCAGGGGCUGUUUGACCUUCUGCUUCCUUCUACCUCUCCUUGCUCUUUACUGCUCGACCCUCUGGCCCACGGAGCUCUGCAUCACCGGGACUGCAGAGCAGGAGUUGGCUUGUGAGUUGCUGGGAGCUCCUUCCUGCUGCUGGGCACCUCCUGUAGGCUGAUCUUGGGGAGGAACGUGGAUCAAACUCUCCCUUGAUCCAUACUGGCCUUGGAACCCUGUGAGCUCAGCUCAGGCACUCAGGUGGUGAUCCGGGAGAAUUCUGGUUUCUGUACUAGGACAGGUGAGGUUUAGGUGCGUUGUAAUGAAGGUUUCUGUACCUUGCUCUGCAGCCUGGGAAAACAGGCUGAAGUUUUGUUUCAAAAAAAAAAAAGCUGAAAGAAAAGUUGUGACAUUGUUUUCCUUCUCCCACUGUUCAAAUACAAGGCAAAACAAUCCUUAAGACUUGAGCUUUCUCCUGAUGCAACUCGAUAUUUUUUAGCAUUCAGCAACUUGAAGGAUUUUCUAUUAUAAAUUAAUCUAAACAACAUUAACUGUGGCAUAUUAUGUGGCCUUAAAUUAUGUUCUUUGUGUCUUGCCCAUCAUAGUAGCAAAAUGUCUUUCCUUUUCUAGCAAAAAAGCUAGAUACAUGACAGCCAAUUUCAGAAUUUGUUGUUCUUUUAUCACAUGAGCAAGCAUGGAAACAAUUUUCAGUUGAGUAUAUUAGAUGUAUUUUCAUACAACCUAGGAAAAAUAAUCAGAGUAAAUGUCUGUUUUGUUCAAUAGCUUUGUGUUCAUGGUCAGGUUUUAGGAGGUUUUUUAUUUGAAUUACUUGGAAAAGCAAAAUACCUUGAAAGACAUAUUAAUGGGAUUUUUCCACAUUGUUGAGUCUCAUUAUUCCAUGUCUGACUGCUUGAGAAACUUCAAUGUCUUAUUAAAUGUUGAAUUUUAUUCUUAGUUA